GUAAAUGGCUGCGCCCUUCACUCCAAACGUGCCGGAUUGUUGCUGUACGAAACAGGUCAUUUAUACUAAUUUAAUAAUUACAGGGCAUUUGCCCUGUAAAGUUCACAGAGAACUAUAGCCUUGUAAUUGAAUAUGUGGGACUGAUGUCACUCCCUCCGUAUAUCAAAAUUGAUCAGAAUGAAGCAUCUAAUAAUACCAAGGAUCCUUGGGUCAACGCCUCACCAUGGAGACAUUUCAUCAAAACUCUAUGCAGCUGGAUUUUACAUUAUUCGUCAAUUUAAGCAUUUACAAGGACCUGUGAGGUUCUCCGUCGGCCUCUCAUUUGUAACAUCAAGAAAUUUCCCACAUCCAAUGUCAAUCUCUUGGAGCCUCUUUUCUCAAGAAAUUGCUCUAGACUAGGAUUGGCUGCCAGGUACAGCAGUGGAUUGGUUCCUGAGAGAUCAGCCAAUCAGAAUCCGUUAUCGCUGAGCAAUCUCUUUCCAGAUGGUAGUCAGAAAAUAAGGCAUUGCUCCAGGCAUGGAUUGGCCUUGGUUCACGGCUGUGAAACAGGCUCCUCUGAACCCACCAAUACCAGUACAAGUUUUCUGAGCAAUCUCUUGGUACAAAAUUGCCUUCAGAAAUGGAGGCAUUGCUCUAGGGAGUCUAGAAAUAGAUUGCCAAUGAGAUGGACCCAUCAAAGGGCUUUCACUGAAUCAUCCAACAGGGAUACAUUUUUCUUGAGAAAUCCCUUCAUGAAAACUUGUCUUCAAAAAGAAGGUUUUGCUCUGGAAAUGGAUUGGCUUUCAGAUGCAGCGAUGCCUUUGGUUCUAGAAGAUCCACCAAUAGAGAGGCACUUUCCAUGAGCAAUCCCUGUCAUAUAGCAGAACUUCAGAAUAGCAGACAGGGCUCCACAACAGGAUUGGUCAGUAGUUGCAGCUAUGGAACAGGCUCCAGGGAAUCCACCAAUGAGGACUCACUUUCCAUGAGCAAUCCCUCUCUUCGAGCCUAUCUGGAGCAUCUGGCCCAGGAGCACCAACAGCUAUGCAGAGAGAUGGUGGACGAGAAGAACGCAGCUGACGGGAAGAAACAGAAGCGGCUGAGGAGGAGACUAACCGAACUGACUCCCUUGGUGGAGAAAAUGGAAGAGUGGGUGAACAAACAGACAGAGCUGAACGAGAUAGAAGAACUGAUUUCAGAUGCGCCUGGCUCGGCCCAAGACAAGGAGAUGAGAGAACUAGCCCUACUAGAGAAAGACGAAUGCCUGGAGGAUGCUGACAGCUUAGAGCAAGAAAUUCUUAGUCUCCUCACUCCAGUGGAUGACACAGAUGACAAUGACAUCAUCAUGGAGUUCUCGGCCGGGGUCGGAGGUCAAGAGGCCAUGUUAUUCACAGCUGACAUGUUUGAGAUGUACGAGAGGUUUGCCGCGUACAGGGACUGGGAUUUCCAGAAACUUGAGUACUUCACCACUGAUUUAGGUGGUUUGAGGCAUGCUUCUGUUAGCGUGAGUGGUGACGAAGCUUACAAACUGAUGAAGCAUGAAGCGGGAGUGCAUCGAGUUCAGAGAGUGCCGAAGACAGAGAAAGCUGGUAGGAUACACACCAGCACUAUGGCCGUGGCUGUCCUGCCUCAACCAAAAGAGAUUGACCUGAAGCUGGACCCCAAGGAUCUCCGCAUCGAAACCAAGAAGGCAUCCGGAGCCGGCGGCCAGCACGUCAACACAACAGACAGCGCCGUCCGCAUACUACACAUCCCCACCGGAAUGGUGGCGGAGAGCCAACAGGAACGCUCCCAGCUCAAGAAUCGCAGCAUCGCCAUGGUUAUGCUCCAGACAAAGAUCUACAACUCCAUCUUAGAGCAACGGGAGGCGACGGAACGAUCCAUGAGGCGAAGCCAGGUCGGGACCUCGGGCCGGUCUGAGAAGAUCAGGACGUACAACUUCCAGCAGGAUCGCGUGACAGAUCACCGCGUCGGCCAGAGUGUGUUUGACGUAGAGGGUUUCUUGUUGGGCGGAGAGAGAUUGGAAGAGCUGAUCUCCAGCUUAGUCAACGAAGAGGAGAAGGAGAUGGUUACUAGGAUGCUAGAAGAGUUUGAGGAGUCACAGAAAAAGACUUUAUAAAAAAAACAAAAAGAGUCUGUUAGUGUCUUUUGGGCUCACCUAGCAAUUAAAGAAACUGAUUUGAUCAGCUUGGUAACUCAUCUGUUGGGGUCAUGAUGGAUUUACUUAACCCAAUGUUGCCUUGACCACAGCGUGAAAUGGGUUGUAGGAUUUUUUUCAGCAAAAGAAUGAAGUUUUGGUUAAAAAAAUGCAAAUCACUUAUUAUUUUAGGAUUACUGAAAACUGGUUAAUUCUUAUAUAUAAAACAGUUUGGUUCAGUCACAUCUGAGUCUCAUUUGGGACUUAGUAGAAAAUGUAUGAAUGUCGAUCGGUCCAUCACCAUUUUGGACUUUAUACUUAUAGCAGAUGUUUGUCAGAUGUUCGUCGUGUGAAGAAUAAAGCAGAAUGCAUUAUAUAGUUUAUAAAAAA